AUGGGGCAGUGCUGGAAGCCUGAUCCGUGCGUCCAUAACAAUCUUGCCAUCUUCCUCCUUCAGGCCGACCUCCCAGAUGCAAUCGGUGGAGAUCUUCAGCUUGAUGGUCUCUGGCCACAAACCUUCAAACCAGGGCUUAAAAGCACGGGGAUGAGCCCAUCCGCCUCGAAGAAUCUGCCUGACGACUAUGCACGUGAACUAAAGAAUCAGGCACGCAUAUUCAAGGAGAAGAAUGAGGAGGCCGAUAAAGCGGAAUUACAAAGUGCACAAAGCGGGAAACGAGUUGUUGCCCAGCUCGGGGAACAAAGUAAACAAUCGAUUGCCCCGCUUAUAGUGACAGCAGCCGGUCCGGAUGCCCCCGAAAUCAUAGAAGCUGCGGCAGCACAGGGAUUGACUGUAACGAGUGCCAGAGAACAAGCGGCCAACUUAGGUAUUACUCUUCGUGAACUGUUAGGCCUUGAUGAGGCGCCAGUGAAGGAGGUAGUACUUACAUAUGUGAAGAAUGGGCCUCUCGUCGAGCCUGCGCAGGAAGAGGAUCUACCUCCACAAAUGAAAUGUCUGCUGAACUGGUACAAGGGUUACAUAAAACAUAAAAACGCCAAAGAUUAUAUUUAUGCGGAAGUUGGAUAUGAGCAUCACUUCAAACAAUACUGUGUACAAAUUCAUCUGAGUGAAUUGUUCCAGCUUUUCAAUCUGCGCGAGCUCGACAAAUCUAUCAUCAGUUGCUACGUUCUAUUGAAGAUUAAGGAAUGCAGAGUAAGGAGCAUCCAUGAUGUUGGGUUCAUUGACCCACACAUCGUUAAUGGAUAUACGUUAAAGCAUCACCCCGCCGACGUGGAGAAAGACCUGUGGCGGUUUCUUGAUAAGCAGGAACUCAAAAGUGAUAUUCUAUUUCCUUACCAUUUUGGGUGAGUGUUUAUGUCUUGAGCACAUUCUCUUUUGUUUACUACAUGCAUGGUAUGUGGCCGGCUAAUCGAUGAGUUAUGCAUGACGUACUGUGCAUGUAUCGUGUCCGCAGGUUCCACUGGAUUCUGCUAGUAAUUAAAAUU